AUGGACACUGAUCUCAGUUCCCAGGACAGGAAGGACCUGGACAAGUUCAUCAAAUUUUUUGCUUUAAAGACGGUACAAGUAAUUGUCCAGGCCCGACUUGGAGAGAAAAUCUGUACCCGAUCAUCAUCCUCCCCCACAGGUUCUGACUGGUUCAAUUUGGCAAUCAAAGAUAUACCAGAGGUUACUCAUGAAGCAAAGAAAGCCCUGGCAGGACAGCUACCUGCUGUUGGACGGUCUAUGUGCGUGGAGAUUUCUCUCAAAACCUCAGAGGGGGACUCCAUGGAGCUGGAAAUUUGGUGUCUAGAAAUGAAUGAAAAGUGUGACAAAGAAAUCAAAGUUUCAUACACUGUAUACAACAGGCUGUCUCUACUGCUGAAGUCUUUGCUUGCUAUAACCAGGGUAACUCCAGCCUACAGACUCUCAAGAAAACAAGGACAUGAAUAUGUAAUAUUGUACAGGAUAUAUUUUGGUGAAGUGCAGCUGAGUGGCUUGGGAGAAGGUUUCCAGACAGUCCGUGUUGGGACAGUGGGUACCCCGGUGGGCACCAUCACCUUGUCUUGUGCCUACAGAAUCAACCUUGCUUUCAUGUCAACCAGGCAGUUUGAGAGGACCCCUCCUAUCAUGGGGAUUAUAAUUGAUCAUUUUGUGGACCGUCCCUAUCCCAGCUCUUCACCCAUGCACCCCUGCAAUUACAGAGCUGGUGAGGACAAUGGUGCAGUCUACCCCUCAGUAGAGGAUUCCCAAGAAGUGUGUACCACAUCUUUUUCCACCUCUCCUCCAUCUCAGUGUGUUUUUACUGUCACAAAGGCACAUUUUCAGACCCCUCCUCCAGUGGUGACGGACACCUUGAAAGUCCCAGUGAUGGGACUGGCCUUUUCACAUCAACUUUCCAGCUCUCGUCUUUCCUAUCAGCUUGCUGCCUUGGGAGUUGGAUCAGCUGACAUGGGGUGUCCUGUACUCUUUGCUGGUGGCUUGAAUGCUGCACACCCUCACCAGUUGAUUGGUCCAGCCAAAGAAGGGGGAGCUCCCCCAGUUCCUAGCCAGCCAGCACAUGGCACUCAAGCUGACCAGGAGAGGUUGUGCACCCCACUGGAUGGAGUCCACUACUCAGCAGCUACCCCUUCUAGUAGUGAGGACACAGAAACAGUAUCAAACAGCAGUGAAGGGAAGUGUGGCUCCCCACAUGACCUUUUGGAGACCAUCUUUGUCCGGAAGGUGGGAGCUUUUGUCAACAAACCCAUUAACCAGGUGACCAUGGCCAACUUAGACAUUCCUUUUGCCAUGUUUGCUCCCAAGAAUGUUGAGCUGGAAGAUAACGACCCCAUGGUCAAUCCUCCUGACUCCCCAGAAACUGAGUCUCCUCUACAAGGCAGUUUACACUCAGAGGGCUCCACUGGCAGCAGCACAGGGAACACCCAUGAUGACUUUGUUAUGGUCGACUUUAAACCAGCAUUUUCGAAAGAUGACAUUCUUCCAAUGGACCUGGGGACAUUUUACCGUGAGUUUCAGAACCCCCCUCAACUCAGCAGUCUCUCCAUUGACAUUGGAGCGCAGUCCAUGGCAGAGGAUUUGGACUCAUUACCAGAGAAGCUGGCAGUCCAUGAGAAAAACGUCAAAGAAUUUGAUGCCUUUGUGGAAACCUUGCAGUGAAGCUGUUUCCCAGUUUUGCUGUGGCAGUUCUUCCUCUUCAAGGCAUCCUGGAGAUGAUGUCAGCAAAUAUCCCUGUCGUCCCUGCUCUGCCUUGGUCUCAUGUUGACUAGUUCUUUCCAUCAAGUGAGCUUUCUUUGAUUGCUCUCUUGAAUGGCAGAUACAGCUCAUGUGCUGAUUUUCCUCAGUUUCACCACCGCAUGGCUCUGGACUGCUUUUCCUGCUCACAGUCAGGUUUGAAUUUAAGACUUCAGUAGGGACAACAGGAAGUCAAACUCCAGUGUAUGAAAUUUAUUUUCUCCUCAGUCUCUGUUCUGUGUGGAGGGGCUUUGUGAAAGGUUGCCAUAUGCUUCCUCCAGGGGUGCUGUGGUGUAAGUUCCCUAGGUAGAGCUUCUUGCUAACAGACUUUUUCCUACAGUCUCCAAUCCCCUUAGAGCAUAAAAAGCUUUGGCUCAUUUCCAGGGUCUGUGAGUUCAGCAGAUUCAACAGUUUUAAGUCCAGGACAUCCAUUGCACAGAAUGGGGCAUUUCAUCCUGACUUCAGUGUGUGUGCCUGGAGCCCAGGGAAAGACAUCAGCUUUGGGACCUGUGUAAUAUAAGUUACCUUUGUUCUUCAAAGGAACUGGGUCUCUACACAGUCAUUUUGUCUGAGGCCUCCUGCUAGGUUGGCUGGUAAGCAGGAGUGAAACUACAGAAGCACUUUCCACAUUUCCUUGCUGAGUGUACUGACACUUGACCAUGCUGAGUUUAACAGUGUUGGCUGUGGGCAAGUCUGCACGUAGCAGCUGUGAUGAUGCUGAAUUCAUAGUCUCUGCUUCUGAAACGUAACUGUAAAUACUAGGAAUCCUAUUUCUUUAGGGUUAUGUAACUAGGAGUCUUAGUCCAAGAUUCUUUCCUCUAAUCCUUGCAAACCUUCCUGCUUUAUGGUUAAUAGAUGAUCUUAAGAAAUAUUUAUUGCUUUUAAAGAAACCUA